CAGGCUACCCAGCAUUCCCUGGAUAUCCUCCUGCAGGUCAGGAGUCAUCCUUUCCGCCUCCCGCCGGUCAGUAUCCUUAUCCUACUGGCUUUCCACCAAUGGGAGGAGGAGCAUAUCCUCCAGCACCAACUGGUGGUUUCCCAGGCACUGGAGGCUACCCACCCCCUGGAGGCUACCCUGCCCCAGGAGGGUAUCCCGGUGCCCCACCACCGGGGGCCCCAUCCUAUCCUGGAGCUUGUCCAGGCCAAGGAUUUGGAAUGCCACCAGGUGGAGCUGGUUUUUCUGGCUACCCACAACCACCAACCCAGGCCUAUGGUGGUGGUCCAGGCCAGAUCCAGAUCCCAGGUGGGUUCCCUGGAGGACAGAUUCCUUCCCAGUAUCCUAGUGGCCAAGCUCCUGCUCCUUACCCUAAUCAGCCAGCAGCCAUGAUUCAAGGUACUCAGGGGACAAUCCGACCUGCUGCUAACUUCGAUGUUGUAAAGGAUGCGGAGGUUCUCCGAAAGGCCAUGAAAGGGUUUGGGACUGAUGAGCAAGCAAUUGUGGAUGUUGUUGCCAAUCGCUCCAAUGAUCAAAGACAAAAAAUUAAGGCUGCUUUUAAGACCAUGUAUGGAAAGGAUUUAAUCAAAGAUCUCAAGUCAGAGCUAUCUGGAAAUAUGGAAGAACUGAUCCUCGCCUUGUUCAUGCCACCUACAUAUUAUGAUGCUUGGAGUUUACGGAAUGCAAUGAAGGGAGCAGGAACUCAAGAAAGAGUAUUGUUUGAGAUUUUGUGCACAAGAACAAAUCAGGAAAUUCGAGAUAUUGUCAAUUGUUACCGAUCAGAAUUUGGACGAGAUAUUGAAAAAGACAUUCGAUCAGAUACCUCAGGACACUUUGAACGAUUGCUCGUAUCCAUGUGUCAGGGUAAUCGCGAUGAAAAUCAGAAUGUGAAUCAUCAAAUGGCUCAGGAAGAUGCUCAGUGUCUUUAUCAAGCCGGUGAAUGGAAACUGGGGACAGAUGAGUCCUCCUUUAACAUGAUUCUUGCCACAAGAAGCUUCCCUCAGCUAAGAGCUACCAUGGAGGCCUACUCCAGAAUUGCUAAUCGAGAUUUGUUAAGCAGCAUUGGCCGAGAGUUUUCUGGAAAUAUAGAAAAUGGUUUGAAGACAAUCUUGCAGCGUGCCUUGAACCGUCCAGCCUUCUUUGCUGAGAGGCUCUACUACUCCAUGAAAGGGGCUGGCACAGAUGACUCCACCCUCGUGAGGAUCGUCGUCACCCGAAGUGAAAUUGAUCUUAUGCAAGUGAAACAGAUGUUUGCACAGAUGUAUCAGAAGGCACUGGGGACCAUGAUCUCCAGUGACACCAGUGGAGACUAUCACCGUCUGCUCCUGGCCAUCGUGGGUCAGUGGGAGGUUUUUUUUUGUUUUUUUUUUAAGAAACUGAACUAUUCCAGUCUCAUUCUCUUGAAGACAACUAUCCUGCAUGCAGCAAAAUCACCUGUAGCCUAACCAAAUAUGCUUUUUAUUAAGGACACUGUCAGGGUUAAUGUGCUUAGUUUGCACAUGC